GAUACAGCCAACCAUCAAAUAAGACGCUGCUCAACGGCUGAAUAUUACCAUAUGACCGGAUCAACAAAGUACACAAAAAGCUAGAAAAGCUUAAGACUGAAAAGGGCAUAAAAGAAAUUGAAACCAAUAUACCCUCUCCUAAAGCAUCACAAUGCGCUGCUUACCUCGUCUACAUUAAAUAUAUUCUUACUCACAUUGUCGCCUCAUUCGCUUUCUACGAUUACAAAAUAGCAAAGGAUCGUUUCUAUUUGUAUCAAGACAGACAAAAAGCAGCAGAAGAAAUGGUGAACAUGCUUGUACAUGGAGGCGCCAAGUAUAAUAAGAAGAACAGAAAGAAGAGAAAUAGGAAGAAAAAAAGAAGCAAGAAGAAGCAAAAACAGACGGUAAAUCCAAAAGAAAAAAAGAACCAAGUUGCCAAAAAUAGAAGCCAAAAGUGGAAGCCCGCAAAGUUCCAAACGGAAAGAGAGAAAGUGUCCCUUGUAGUCUUUGGUGUGGGAAUAUUUGGCAAAGACUCGAUAAAACUGAAGAGAAACAGGUGUGGCGCCACUGGUGUUUUUUGGCGAGCGCUAAAAAGAAGAGAGACAGCUGGAGAUCUCAUUGCCGUUACAAUUGAUGAAUACAAGACUUCCAAAGUUUGCAAUGCGCGUAAUAGUGAUCUCCUCACAAGUAUGCCCGGCUUGAAAGGCUGUAGUGUCCAGGUCUGCAAUAUCUGCAAGGCACUAUGGCAACGAGAUAUCAACGCUUGCAAGAAUAUGCUGUCCAUUUCCCUUUCGGUUUGGGAUAGAAGAGGUUGACCUUUCCAGCAUAGCAGAAAUUAAUUGUUUUUUAAUCGCCGUAAUGAACACGGUUUCCCUUUUGAGAUAAUGAUUUUUACUAGUAGCUUGUAAAUGUAGUAGUGCCAUUAA